GGCAACCCGUCGGUUGACGUUGUGACCCCGACGCCGACCACGGCUGAAGGAGGCCUUUCCACUGGGAUCAAAAAGCUGAAAGUUCUCCCGGCCCCCCUGGCUCAGAGAGACUCCGCUUUCGAUAUGCCUUCCGUGACGAACGUGGCCCCCGUGGCGCAAGACACACACGCAAAGGCCUCAUUCUAUGGGGAUUUGAUAGACUACACCGAUGACGAACUCUACCCGGCGGCUGCUCGGAUGCUCGAGUCGGCGGCUGUCAGAAACAAUGGGGCCGGACCGAUCCGAGGCGACUACACAGCACACGGAGGCCACCGAAGUGGGGGCCGGGCCUUGCUCUCCAUUCACAAGGAGGCAAGACAAAGCACGCUACCUCACCGAUUCAUCUUUGUCGCCUUUACACAAACACACAACCGCCUUUUUGGAACCACCGGGUUCAGAGUGACAAAGGACGCUGACCAUCACGGCGCGAUUGUUAACCUUACUCGAUCCGACGAGGUAUUUGCGAUGGGUGGCCCGCGCGAUCAGCUGCACGCCAUGAUUGAUGGGGUGCUUGGCGAGAACGACGGCCAACACAUGAUUGGCAUCCUGAAAAUGCGAAAGAAGUGGGUGUAUGAGGACGACGGCAAGGAGGCCCAUCGUAGCUUCAUCCGCGUCGCACGAGAGGCGGGGUCAGGUCCGCUGAACUUGGGGCAUGAGAUCCAGAAGCGAGCCGCGGUCAACCAGCUAUCCGGUGACUUGGUCAAACGCCUGCUCACUUUCCAGGUUGAGGCCGCGUCCUCUGAACAAGUCCCGUUCGUCCUGAUUGCCGCUGUGUGUUACAGGAACGAGUCGACACCGGUUCGAAUCCGCCUCUUCACUUGCCGAGGUGUUGAAUUCCCCCCUCAUUACGAGGCAACCUAUAAUGGUUCCGACUGGGAGAUUGGCGCCGUUGGUCACACAUACUUUAUGCUCCAUGUGCAGAGUAAUAUCCAGGUCACCAAGAUCACGCCGCACAUGCACAACAUCAUCACUGGUCGCGUUUCUGGCACGCAUGAGCAUGUGGUGGGAGACGAGAAAAGGCACAGAUUACCCAGGAAUGAAGAGGACCACUUGGUGGUUGCUGAGCGCCGCAGGGCUGAGUGA